AGCUAAAGAGCUGCGAGGCUGAACGCGCCUUUGAAAACAUUGCGAGAAAAUACAGGGAAAGUUCAUCAGUUGCAAUGUGCAAGUUGAAAUAGGCUGUCAAAAAAGUUGAAGGUAACUAUUAUUGACAGUCCCUUGACCUGCAUUAAAAAAAAGCGUUGUCAUCUGAUCUGCAAGGGACUGCCAGCUGAGACAGUGUGCGUGAGAGAGAGAGAGAGAGAGAGAGAGGCGGGAGACAGGACAGGAACAGAGAGAGGCAAAAGAGAAGUUUCACCUGAAAGGAAGCCGAGUUCUUACCUUUAUUUUUGCUGAUUUGUAAAAGGGAAAGCGUGAUGACCCUGUCAGGCAACGGCAGUGCGAGCGAUAUGUCAGGCCACACGAUCCUCAGCGCCGAGGAUGUCGAUAUUGAUGUGGUGGGAGAAGGAGACGAGGGCAUGGGAAAGGACAGCGAGUCAGACAGCCCCGCCACCCACCAUCAGGGAGAAGAGCUGGAGGAGAUCGGGGCAAGGGAAGUCGCCGAGAGUCCUCCCGCUAUCUGCCAGGCUUCCUCGGAGGGAGAGCUAACCAAAUCGGAAACUCAGGAAAGUGGCUCAUCGAGCGGCAACACCGCCUCCAAGCCCAAGAACAGCCUGGUGAAACCACCUUACUCGUAUAUUGCUCUCAUCACCAUGUCUAUUCUGCAAAGUCCCCAGAAAAAGUUAACCCUUAGUGGGAUCUGUGAGUUCAUCAGUAACCGCUUUCCUUACUACAGGGAGAAAUUCCCCGCCUGGCAGAAUUCCAUCCGCCACAACUUGUCCCUCAAUGACUGUUUUGUAAAGAUUCCCAGGGAACCUGGGAAUCCGGGGAAAGGGAACUACUGGACCCUGGAUCCACAGUCUGAAGACAUGUUUGACAACGGGAGCUUUCUUCGCAGGAGGAAAAGAUUCAAAAGGCAGCCCGCGGACCAUCUGAGGGAGCAGACUGCUCUCAUGAUGCAGAGUUUUGGAGCUUACAGCCUGAGCGGUCCAUACGGGCGUCCGUAUGCGCUGCACCCCGCCUCCUAUGCUCAUCCCUCGACUCUCCAGUAUCCCUACAUCCCUCCUGUGGGUCCCAUGUUACCUCCAGUGGUCCCGCUCAUCCCGUCCAGUGAACUCAACAGGAAAGCCUUUAAUUCCCAGCUCAGUCCCAGCCUCCAGCUCCAGCUCAGCAGCCUGAGCUCCACGUCCAUCGUGAAAACGGAGCCAACCAACAGACCUUCUUUCAGCAUCGAGAACAUCAUCGGGGUGACAAGCACGUCAGGGAGCUCACAGACUUUCCCGCGGCCGCCAGUGACCGUCCAGUCUGCCCUGAUCAGUCCACAGCCCUUGUCCUUAGCGAGAAGUACAGCUACAAUAACUCCUAUCCUCAGUGUCCCCACGAACAUAAUCUCCGGACAAUUCCUACAGUCAGCAGCUUCGGCCGCCGCAGUGACCAAAUGGCCAUCUUAAUAACUCCUCCACUUGCAAAUGCUCACUCACCAUGACCCCUUUUCUUCUCUUGUGGUAGUGGGCUGCACUGAACUUGACUGCGAAUUAUAGACUGUAUACUCUUAUAUAUAUAUAUAUAAAAGGAAUGCUUUCUGUACAGGUAAAUACGUUUGUAAAUAUUUAUAUACGGAACCUAUCGGUUCAUACUCAUUGAGUUUUAUUUUUUAAUUAGACUGUUUCACAGUUGU